CGUGUACAAAAUUUAGCAAAGUUUCAACAGCGAAGGAUUACAAGAUUAACAAAAGAUGGUGUCUUGGUAAAAGAUCAAUCCUGUGACAUCUGCACACAUAAAUUAAAGAACAUUUCCACUGACUAAGUUUUUGAUACAAGUUUCCGUCGAGACGAGACCUCAAUUCAUCAAACGUUGCUCACGGUCAAUGCUAUUAUAGAAAUGCAGCAACUAAAAAGGCGCGGCCGUCUUCCACCUAACGGCGGGCGCAUUUGCCGCUGUUCAGCCUCCACGAGGCGAGCGGUGAGCUAAGCCACGUAGGGUAUGCGCACCACCACAAUCGUUAUUCGUUAGAAUCCAUCUUGGCUGUUGGCUGGCAGUCCAGCAGCCAGCAGCAGCCAGAGAACCGGAGGCCGCCGAACGACCGAGAAGCCAUGAUGAUGAGGCGUUGGUGCCGGGCCGUCGUUUCAGGUUCAGUUUCUGCGUGUGGUCAUAAGGAAUGGAUGAGCCGAACUGCGGUUUCCUUCUUCUGCACGCAGCCUCCUCCUCUUCCUGCUAAAUCGCCGCCUUCUCCUGCUGUGAAUUGCACCGCUACCCGUCCACUUUUUCUCUACAGAACAUUGGUCAAAGAGGGGAAGUUACAAUAUGAUGCUAACCAGGAAUCUGUAGCGGCAGAACUGGAGGGGUUACUUAGCAAGUUGGAGCAAUAUGAGACGGAUAUGAGAGCAUAUCAUGUAGUGUUGGCAGAAUGGGAGAGGCAGAGAGAUGAGGAGCGGCGGACAUUGUUAAUGAAAGAAGCCGAAGCUAAACAACAAAGUGGUAUAUGGAGUACCAAGCGAACUGCAACCAUCAACAAGUGGCUUUUGCGGAGACAUGGGAAUGUGGAGCCAGGAGCUGGGAAGAUGGUCUCCUAUCUUAACAGAGAAAAAAAGUUAGACUCUAUAGUUGGCCGUCGUCCAGUUGCACCUCCAGCUCCCAAGGGUAUAUACAUAUAUGGAAAUGUUGGAACUGGAAAGACAAUGCUGAUGGACAUGUUUUAUAAUGCCACCAAAGGCAUUGUUGAACAUCGAAGAAGGUUUCACUUCCAUGAGGCAAUGCUUGAAAUUCAUCAACAUAUGCACAAAGUUUGGAAAAAGCAAGAAGAGGAGAGGUCAGUGUGGUCAGGUUUCUCCAAUUGGAUAAGAAAUUUGCCCUUUGAUGCUGGGGUAAAGGAAUGGUUGGCUGCUGAAGAAAGAUAUCAGAAAGAAUUGCAAUUACAAAAUAUUCUUCCAGCUGUAGCAGACAAAUUUCUUGUUGACAAAGAAGCAGGUCAGCGGGGUGCAACUAUUCUUUGUUUUGAUGAAAUACAGACAGUUGAUGUGUUCGCAAUUGUCGCCUUAUCUGGAAUUAUGAACAGAUUGCUUAGUACUGGAACUAUUCUUGUUGCCACAAGCAAUAGAGCACCAGGGGAUCUAAACCAGGACGGCAUGCAGAAGGAGAUUUUCUUAACACUUCUCUCCAAGUUGGAGGAACAUUGCCAAACCAUCUUGGUUGGCAGUGAGACUGAUUAUCGUCGCAUUCUCGCAAAGGACACGGAUGCUCAGGUUCACUACUUUUGGCCAUUAGAAAGUCAUUCGCUGAAAGAAUUUGAAAAAAUGUGGAAAGAUGUCAUUGACAGAGUAGGAGGAGGAAAUACUACUUGUACAAUUCCAGUCAUGUUUGGAAGAUCAUUGGCUGUCCCUGAAAGCUGUCAUGGUGUAGCAAGGUUCACCUUCGACUAUCUUUGUGGCCAGCCGGUGGGGGCACCAGAUUACAUAGCAAUAGCAAAGAACUAUCACACCAUUUUUAUAUCUGACAUUCCCUCAAUGAGUAUGCGCAUUAGAGACAAGGCUAGAAGAUUUAUCACGCUCAUUGAUGAGUUGUACAACCACCGUUGCUGCCUAAUUUGUAGUGCUGCUGCUUCAAUUGAUGAUCUGUUUCAGGGAACUGAUGAAGGAACACUGUUUGACUUAGAAAGCUUCCAGUUUGAGACUGAAACAGAAGGAGGGAAACUUCGCCGGGAUGUACUGGCAGAAGGAGGUACAGGUGGAAGCUUGGCUCCUACUGGGAUUGCUUCACUUCUAUCUGGAGAAGAAGAGAUGUUUGCAUUCCGACGAGCAAUAUCACGGUUGGUAGAGAUGCAGACGCCUAUAUAUAUCCAAGGAGUUAGGCAUCAUCCUUACUUCCUGCUCAAUCCUCAAGUGCCUUUUCCUUAUUAAAUUUCAAUUUUAAUAUUUGAAGUUAUUUUUUGACCGGCAAUUAAGCAUCCCAUGAGGGAUCUGCCUGACGUCAGUUUUCAAUGGAAAAAAGAAGAAGACCAUGCUACUGUCUAGUGAAGUUGCUGCUGAUGUCUCUCUCUCUCUCAUAUACACAUACACAAUCAUGCAUACGUUUGAACGGAUCUAUGCACUAAUUAUUCUAUCCGCCUCCACGUGUAUUGAGGAAGCUUUGUUUAUCAUGUCAGUUGGUCUCGUCACUUUCAAUGUACUAUAAUAUUCAUGACAAAUCUCAACAUCAUAUCUUGUAGGUGUUGGGAGAGCAGAGGAGUAUUUCCUUCUACUGCCCAACAGUGGGCCAAAGCCCUCACGCCUUCCUUUAUCUUCUUAGGGUCUUGACAUGCUUUUGAUGCUUCAGAAAAAGUUGUUGUUAUGGUUCAAUUUGUAUAUCGGUACUCUCUUUUUUCAGCACAAGGAGUUGGCGCGUAAGGAAUUCAAAAAGAAACUGGCCGCCCCUGUCCCGCCCGCUCAAUGUGCCUUGGAGAUAUCAUAUCAUGUAUAGUGGGGAUGCUAAAGGUGCAAGGGUAUUUAUUGGACUCAGCUUUAGCACAUGAAGGUUAAAAUAUUGUAUUGUUGAGUAUCUAAUGGCUAGUCUUCUUUCGCAAUAUUAGAUCUAGUGCAGGAUCCAUGGCACUUCCUCCAAAGGUCCCGUGCCUAUGUGACACAGGUGUGUGUGGAUGUGGUGCAUAUUAGGGAAAAAACAUGACUAAAGGUGUGACGAGUAUAUAUAUAUAUAUGUAAUAUUUAAUGAGUUAUGAUUUUACCAA